AUGGUGUCUGUAUUUCACUCGGUCCUUGAUAAACUCAAGGGCAAACUCAAUUCGUACUUGUACAAUGAACAAAUUAGUCCUUUUCUGGAUAUUAUCGAGGAAAAACUUCAUGUUUUUCGGGUAUUUUUGCGGGUUAUUGGAUGGGGAAAUGACUUUCUUUGCAAUUUCAUUGGUAUUCUUUAUCCAACAUUUGCGUCAGUUUUAACCCUUAAAAUUCCUGGAAUGUUCGAUGAAAGAGCUUUAUUAACUUAUUGGUUUGUUUAUGCAUUGCUGGGAUGUGUUGAAUACUUUUUGCAUCGUUUGUUCGACUUUUUUAUGUUCUAUUGGCUUGGAAAAUGCAUUUUCCUUGUUUGGUUUAUGAUGUCUGGUGCUCAAUUGAUUAACCGACGCUUUUUUCCGAAAGAUGAAGCUCCGGAAAACCUAGAGUCUAAUAUCGAUAUUAUCCCGGAAGAAUCGUUUAGUUUAGAAGAAUAUAUCACCGAAAAUGCAGAUUCAACAACGUUGGACUUAUCAGUGAAAGGAAUAAAUGGUGAAAAUAUCCAAAUAGUGGCUGAUGCAUUACGAACAAAUACCACAUGUACUAAAUUAGAGCUUACGGCCAAUGCUAUUGAUAGUGAAGGAAUUCGAAUUUUAUCUGAUGCACUGAAAACAAAUACGACACUGCAAUCAAUUGAUUUUUCUAAUACUGGUAUUACGCCUGAAGCUGUUCAACAUUUAUCAAAUACCUUAAAAGAAAACACAUCGAUCAUUUCAUUACAAUUUUUUAACAAUGAACUCGGCAGUGAAGGGGCAAAAUAUUUAUCCGAUAUCUUGCGAACAAAUACAACACUUCGAACACUUGACAUUGGAUUUACUCGAAUUGGCGCUGAAGGAGUUAAACAUAUAGCUGAUGCAUUACGAACAAAUAAAGGACUUAUUGAACUUUCUAUUCAAGCAAAUGAAAUGGGAGAUGAAGGUGCACAAGCGAUGGCUGAAGCUUUGCGAUCUAAUCAAACACUCGAGCAAUUAACUAUUUUCAAUAAUGGUAUCGCAGAAAAAGGUGUUCAAUGUCUUUUCGAUAGUUUACAAGAUAAUCAAACAUUAACUUCACUUGUAAUGGAUUCUAGUAUAAUAGGAGCUAAGGGAAGCGAACAAUUAGCUAAUAUUUUACGUACAAAUAAGACAUUGACUAAUCUUAGCAUUGAUAGUUGUGAACUCAAAAACGAAGAUAUCCAACAUUUGAUCAAUGGAUUAGAAACCAACACGGUUCUGAAUAAGCUGUGUCUUUCAAGUAAUAACCUUGGAAAUGAAGGUGCUCAAUAUGUUGCUAAUUCCCUACAAAAUAAUACAACGUUGACUUCAUUGAACAUUGGAUGGAAUGAAAUUGAAAAUACAGGUGCUGCAUAUUUGGCUGAUGCUCUCACAAAUAACAAAACGCUCAUUGAAGUUGACUUGUCAGGAAAUAAAAUUGGCGAUGAAGGUGCUCAAUAUUUAGCUGAUUCUCUUAGAAAUAACAAAACAUUGACUACACUUAAUUUGUCAGGAAAUAGAAUUGGCGAUGAAGGUGUUCAAUAUCUAGCUGGUUCUCUUAGAGAUAACAAAACAUUGACCGCACUUGAUUUGUCAAGAAUUAAAAUUGGCGAUGAUGGUGUUCAAUAUUUGUCUACAGUAUUAGCAAAUAACGAAACGCUGACUAAACUUUCUCUCACAAUGAAUGAUAUUGGAGAAAAAGGUCGUCAGGCUAUUGAAUCGAAAAAGAAUCCUGGUUUGACUGUGGAUCUCUAA